GUUCAAAUCUGCAGCACAGGUCUUUGUCCUGUGUUUUUUACCCGGAUAGAAAACAAAGACAUAUUUGUUUCUUGCCGUCGGCUGUUUCUAAGAACUGUCCAAAAAGAACAUAUGAUUACGUGUUCAGCCAAUACACUAGGACUAUAGCAUCCACUUGUAAACGUUUGUGUUUUGCACUGUGUACAAUUGUUCAUCCAUCACUCAUGGGGCCCGUCCUCCCUUCCGCCGUGACUCGCCUAGCCUCGCGGUUACGCCCCCCGGUCACAGAGAUAAAUGGUCAGUUUCGUACAGGGCGCAUGCUUACAGUUAACUCCACAUCCUCCGGUCCGUAAUUCCGGUUCAUGAACAGCCUGGGUCUCGAGGAGUAGGAAGACACACCGGGGAGCUCGCUCACCUCAGUCUCUAAUCCGUCCUCGACGGUCCGUCCCGUGUCACACAUGUUCUGCUGAGGACGCGCUCCCCAACCGAAAAAAAACCGACCAUGUCCACCGGGUCGCUUAGCGACGUUGACGACGAGCUCCUGGACGGGAUCCUGAAGUUCGGCUCUUCCGGUAAAGACUCCGGUACGUCGAACGAGAGCACCGGGGAGAGUUCGAACUGCGAAGGCGGCUCGGCCAACGAAAAAACAGCCCGGGGAAAGAAACGGAAAACAGGGUCCGGUAGGAAAACCGCGCUGAACGGCGUGGCGCACGAUGGGGGCGGCAAGCAGCCGCAGAGGAACGCGGCCAACGCACGGGAGAGGGCAAGGAUGCGCGUGCUAUCCAAAGCGUUUUCCCGUUUGAAGACGACUUUACCGUGGGUCCCGCCGGACACCAAGCUCUCCAAACUGGACACACUUCGCCUCGCCUCGAGCUACAUAGCCCAUCUACGGCAGAUCCUCGCCAACGACAAAUACGAGAACGGAUUUAUCCACCCGGUGAACCUGACGUGGCCCUUCAUGGUCGCCGGGAAACCGGAGAAUGAUUUGAAAGAGAUGCUCAACACCACCCGGUUGUGUGGAACAACCGCCUCAUGAUGUAACGGAUGGACAUGACAUGAACAUUAACCGUCAAGCGAUGGACAUGAUACAUUUUUUGGAAUUUUUCAGAUGGACAGAAAUGCACGUCAUCUCUCCUAAAACCAAAUAAUGAGUGGGAAUACCGGGAGAGCGCACGCUCUCUCACGCGUUCCGAUACAGAGAAGCUGAUUUUAUAUUUAAAGUGUUCACAUGUUGCCUUUGCUGGUUCGAGGACAUAUUGUGUUUUGUAUACGUUUUUAUAAUCUUAAAAAUGCUUAAAAAAAACUACUUUGUCACACGAGUAUUUGUUUUACAGGUGAUGUUGUCAGUCGCCGCGUUGGAAGUGCACAUGAAACAUGUCUCAAUAUCCUAUCUGAAUAGCCAGAUUUUAUACGAAUAAAAUGUAUUCAUCGCAUAAUUUUCUUCCCCAAUGUGCAUUGUGUUGAAGUUGGAGUAAGAGGAAUUUAAAUUCUACAGGGCACUGUUUUUUUUGUUACUGUAGGCUAUAAGGCUAUUUUCCUGCUAACCCAAUAACCCCUGGUUAUUACCAAUCCCUCAAAAUCACAGCACAAAACUCUAGAAACGAGCACCGGGGGAGAAAGAAAAUCUAAGUGUCCACAGGUUCAGGUUUAUUUGUUUUCCUCUAUCUCCUAAAGUAAACAAUGGAUAAAGCCUACUAGACUAUCUCGUUAAAAAUAUAUAUAAAUAUAUGGUUUGCGCCUGCCCUUGGUUAGGGCCUGCCCGUGUUUCAUUUAUACAAUUAUUCUAUGGUGGUUUUCUUCCUUUUGACGUGAAUAAAUAUCGGUAAAAGCGUCGCAAGAGAAAAGGUAUGUAGGUUGGAAGGUCAACCUUUUUGAAAGUAGUCAAAUGUGCGCGCGCCGCUUAAUCAGGUUGCAGACGCCUUGUUUAAUUCACGCGGGUUAAUGACAGUACUGUUUACACACGGAAGACAGAUAUUUAUGCAGCUAGCAGCUCACCCUGGCGCGUUAGGCAGGGAGGAUAAACCCGGUCUGGGACAGCCCGGUGUCACUAUGCAGCACACACACACACACACACGCACACACACACACACACACACACACACACACACACACACACACACACACACACACACACACACACACACACACACACACACACACACACACACACACACACACACACACACCAGCUCCUUGUCACUAUGCAGCUACAUUGUUCAACAGCUGCAAACUCAGAGAUUAUUAUAGGAUAGGAUAGGAUAGGAUAGGAUAGGAUAGGAUAGGAUAGGAGAGGAUAGGAGAGGAGAGGAGAGGAGAGGAGAGGAGAGGAGAGGAGAGGAGAGGAGAGGAGAGGAGAGGAGAGGAGAGGAGAGGAGAGGAGAGGAGAGGAGAGGAGAGAAGAGAAGAGAAGAGAAGAGAAGAGAAGAGCAUGGUGUAAUAACAAGCCCCCACAUCCAUCUAUUAGUGUCAUGUUAUUGUAGCGAUCCACAGGCGGGAUGACCCACACAUAGCCUCGCUGGGACAGAUUGUAUACAGUUGCCUGCCGAAAGUAUUCACAUCAAUUAUACUUUUUAGACAUUUUGUUGUGUUACAAAGUGGAAUUAAAAUAGAUUUAAACUGUAAUAUUCUUUUGUUGUCAACAAUUUACUAAAAAAUAUUAUGUAAUGUCAAAAUUGAAUAUUUUUUUGUUAUUACGUGUAUUUUUUUAAUAUUGGAAAAUAAAAACACAAAUAUAUUUGGA